UAGGAUCAAARCGCGCCACAUGUGAUGURAAGUACUUCAAGACGGGUUGUUACCGUGAUAUAUGGUUUCAAGAAGCUCUGCCUGUUAUGCUAUUUCAAGAUCGUUGCUCCGUUUGUGAAAAAUAUGGCGGAGAAUUAAUCGAUUGGUUUAACUUUGGAGACUACUUGAAAAGACUAGCCUGCCGUUGUGCAAAGGCCGCUAAAGCCAAGGGCUACACGCACUUCGGCCUCCAGUUCUAUGGUGUCUGUUACAGUGGUCCCCAGGCCUCCUCUCAAUAUGCUAAAUACGGCGCUAUUAACAAGUGYGUUAAUCAGCACCAGAUUGCGUGCRAUGAUGAGAAGGCUGAAGAAUGCGUAGGACUGGGAAAUGCUAAUUAUGUUUAUCGCAUUUAACAACAURGGAAAUUGUAUUCACCAAUUGGUACCUUCUUGAUUAUUUCAAUUAUACAAUUGUUACAUCUCAUAAUUUAUCUUCCUUACUUUAAUUGUUGCGAUUAUUGUUGCAACGAACUCUUAGUUGGAGCUCAUAUGGACCAUUUCACUUGUAUUAUAGUAAUAUUGACGAAUUAUAUGUAAAUAAACCAUGUGACACAAA